AGAUUCCUUUAAUGAACAACCAAUGGUAAAUCGAGUACAAACGUUUUGUUUGAUUACAGAUCUAGGCUAAUUAUUUGCCGUUAGCUUAGUUUAACGAGAAUGGCCUGCAAUUCAUUUUCGUCGUUACCUCAAAACAAAAACAACCGCAUUGAAAUAGGUGGUUUCUGCCGCAUAUCAAAAGAAUAAGCUGCUUAGACGUUUGUCUACGAAGUCGUUUUAUACACGACAAAUGAACUUGAGCCAAUAAUGUUAAGUGUAGCAUACUUCUGCAGAAUCUCGGUGUCAAUAACUGGAUUGAGACAUAGGAAAGUAUAAGAGAGUUAAGAGUUAUCUUUCGGUUAGAGCUAAAAUGUAGGUACGUGAGGAAACCUCAAGUCAAGCAAACCACCAGAUCUCAAGGUACUGUUAGUACUUUCUGUGUGCAAAGUAUCGCAAAUAAUAAUAUUUAUUUUUAAAACAGAUUUUACGGUAGUUAGGACAAUAUUCCAAUAUCGACGAAUAACAUAUUUGUUGCACAUGAACACCAAAACUGUAAUGUAUUUAAAAGGUCAGAAAUAAUUUUAUAGAAAUAAUAAUACCAGAUUAAAUCAUACAAGUAUUGUUAAAUUAGAAAAAUAUGGUUCCUAAGGAAUGUGGAUCUUCAUGAUGACCUUGAGCUUGACUGAAGACAGUAAGUAUUUACAGUCAGCAUCAUUUUUUUCGGCACUUUGAGAAGGCGGCAUGACACGAAAAUCCUUCACCGGGAACUACAUACCUGAUCCUGUGGACCGAAUGGUAAACAGUCGACGUCGCCCUAAACACGUCAUUACGGAUCCUCCUGAUCCAUUAACGGUGCUUUUAGGUACCUCAAGCACCGGUCACCGUCCUCGCCGAACCCGUCGCUUGCGACGAAGGGCCCGACGACAUUAACCCAUAGGCACAGCCCACUGAGUUUCUCGCCGGAUAUUCUCAGUGGGGCGCUUUUCCAAUCCGGUGGUAGAUUCUGCGAAGUACUGUUCUUGUUAGGGUCAAUGUUAGCAACACUCCCGAUUUGAGCCCCGUGAGCUGACCUACACGCCAAGGCGAAGCCGAAAUAGCCUCUCAAGACUAUCAGCAUAGGUAGAAAAAAAAGGAAUAUGUGCGGGCGAUUGAAUUGGAUUCAUCAACGUAUACAGACUUUACUAUCAGCAAAGGCUUUAUUUACGGACAUAGUUACACCGAACCACCACUACUACAUAUUAAGACAACAAAUCAUUCCACGUGAAUUGAUGAGAAAAUGCUUGAAGUCUUUAAUGCGAUUGACUCGACGGCACCGUAGUUAGUACGCUUGACUGAUGGACUGAAGAUCGUGUGUUCGAUUCUCACAUCCGGCAAACAUAGGUGUGAUGAACAAGUUUCUUUGCUUUGUAUUUGGGUGGUUAAUAUCUGUGCAUAUUUAAAAAUAUGUACAUAUAUCAAUCUCUGGUUACCAUAGUACAGGGCAUCCUAGUUUUGAGCAAAAAAAAACUACAUUUAGAACCGAUACGUAAAUAUCUUAAGGAAGCGUCAGAACACUAUGCUCUUAACUUGGCCACCGAAAAUUACAUAUCUGGCCCAGGCGACGGGACAACGCAAUGCGGCCGUCGUCCAAAACAUGUCUUGUUGGAUCCUCUGGUCAUCGUCCUCGAGUACGACGAAGAGUUCGACAUGCGAACGCCACAAGCCACUGAUUUUCUUGCUGGAUAUAUAAAUAAUACAUAAUAAAGAUUAUAUUGUAGAUUAGUAUUGAAUGCACAUUUUAUUUAAAGGGUCCAAGGGUUUAAUAUUAUCAAUUAACACUCUAUAAUAAGGGCUAUUUUAUUGUAAUUAUUAAAUCUCAUUAAUAUACUUAUAUUGUUGGUUUUCAAAAAGUAAAAUGGGUGCAAAACCUUACAGCCCAUCAUGUCCACAUAUUAGAAACUGAAUGGAACGCAGAUUUACUUCGAUACAAAAAUUGCCUAAAUUGUGAAUAUUAUUGCAUUUAAGAAAAUAGCAGGGGCCUAAGUGUUAAGCCCCCCGACAGCAAGAUUAAAAAAAGUUCCUUGCCAUGUAAAGUGCAAAAUGCGAAAAUGGUGCUUCUUGAUAAUGGCGCGAGAUCAAUUUUUUUGCGAGUAUUUAACUUCACACGGCAAGAAUGACAAAUCCAUUACUAAAUUAAAUCUCUUGUACUGAGGAACAGCCUUUUACUGACAUACUGAUAAUGCUCUUUUUUUUAAAGAAAAAAUCAAAGAAAUCUCUUAAUAUUCUCUUGAGGUGUAAAACGUAUGUACUAUAUGAAGUAGUAGUAACCUGUUCAUCAAGUUUCGCUUCAUAAUAUUUUUUACGAGAUAAAUUUACAAAAUUGUCAACUUCAGAACUGGUUUCAAUCCUCAAUUUGAAGACAAUAGCGCCACUACGCCGAAAAAGAGAAACUACAAAAGGGCGCCCUAUAAUAGUCGCAUCGAUCUGCCCCACCCGAUUGCCUUUUGGGCGUACUUCACUCCAAUGCGUUCAUUCUUUGCUCACUUCACUACCACCAUCUCAUGUAUGAAACGUAGUAUCUAUACGCUUUUAUUGUUUGGCCACCCCCAUUAACAAAAGUUUAUCGUUUGGCGGUAUAAAGGUCAUAGGUAAAAAGAUCGAACAGACCUACUGAAACCAGACUCUGACAUAGUUUGACAGCCGUCUGACGUAUUUUGUUCUUGAAAAACAUUGUGUGAUAGAUAUAUACGGGGUGUUGAUUAAUAACAAGUGUAUUAAUAUUUCAGAAAAAUCAUUGUGAACUAUAUUGUGUACAUUUUAGUGAAUUUAUUGUAAGACUCGCUGUGUGGAUCUCAGCUGAAAAUAAACAAGACCACUAAAAACAAACGUGGUAACGUUUAUAGCAUAUUUGGAACACUGACUAAAUAACAAUUGAUUUUAACAAUAUUCACGUCUUACGUACUUAAUAAUUAUUUAGUUGUUGCAAUUAUCGUGCGUAAUUCGGUACGAAAAAAAUAAAGUAAUAAAUAACUACAAAUCUGAAAACAAUCGUCUCAUUAAAUCUCUGAAUUGAAAACGCGUAACGCUGUUGAUAGUAGGAAUUAAGCGUCACCACGUUUCGUCACAGCAAAUUACGUUAUUCCAACCAUUAUCAACCAAAAAGUUCAGCAUUGAAUGUUCGAGGACAGUCUUUAAAAGCGGCGUCAUUGAGUCGAAUCGAAGCAUCGUCGAGACUGGCUUCAGGAGUGGAUUACGGUCGUGGAGGGGGAGGCGCGGCCGGCGGCGGCGGCGUUGGCGUCCGCCCUGGCUAUGGAUAUGAAGCGCUUUCAGCUGCUAGCGAUGGUAGCGACGGAGAUCCCGACGACGCACCAGAAUAUGCGCCAUUCGAAAUGGAGAUGUCCGGCGGUGGAGAGUCAGCUGACGGCCCUUCAUCCCGUGGUUCUAACAAAGUUAAUUUCCCGCCUGAAAUUGAAUUCGAUAGACGGCCCACAGUUACUCUUGGCGCCACGGCUGCUUACCAUCGCGGACGUGGCCGUUCUAUGAGCGCGUGGAGUGAUAUCAGCCGUUCCAGUAUUCGAUUUGAGGAAAGAGUAAGGGUGGAGUUCUACGUCAACGAGAACACUUUUAAGGAAAGACUGCAAUUAUAUUUUAUUAAAAAUCAACGAUCGAGUUUACGCAUUAGGAUAGCGAAUCUAUUUUUCAAACUUUUGACCUGCGUGCUGUAUAUAUUUCGUGUGUGUACUGAAGGAGAUCCUAUAGCUGCGACUUGUUAUGGAUGUAAGCUUGGAAACAAGACUGACUUCCAACAUUCUGCCAAUUUGACGGAAGAAGAGUUCCAAGAGCACCCGUUAAUUAAUUGGGACGCAAUAAUAUGGGUCAACCGACCUUUAUAUCUAUGGAUAGUGCAAGUACUCCUGGCAUUGGUGUCUUUCACCGAAGCAUUAUUACUUGCCUACUUGGGCUAUAAGGGCAACAUUUGGCAGCAAGUGUUAUCAUUCCACUUCAUCUUGGAAAUGGUGAACACUAUACCCUUUGCGUUAACCCUGACAUUUCCUCCAUUACGAAAUCUAUUUAUACCGGUCUUUCUGAAUUGUUGGCUCGCAAAAAGAUCACUUGAAAAUAUGUUUAACGAUUUACAUCGAGCUAUGCAAAAGUCGCAAUCAGCUUUAUCACAACAAUUAAUGAUAUUAUGCGUUACGCUACUCUGUCUCGUCUUUACUAGUGUCUGCGGUAUUCAACACUUUCAACGAGCUGGACAUCGACACCUUAAUCUUUUCCAAGCCACUUAUUUUGUCGUAGUGACAUUUUCAACAGUGGGCUAUGGCGAUUUUGUUCCGGACAUAUGGCCCUCUCAAUUGUUCAUGGUUGUCAUGAUUGGAGUUGCGCUGGUUGUUCUUCCAACACAGCUUAAAACGUUACAGUUUGAACAAUUGGCCUUUACUUGGAUGGAAAGACAGAAAUUGGGAGGAUCAUAUUCUUCUCACCGAGCACAGUCUGAAAAACAUGUAGUAGUAUGUUCAACAACUUUACAUGCCGACACUAUCAUGGACUUCUUGAACGAAUUCUACGCACAUCCACUACUUCAAGACUAUUAUGUUGUAUUGCUGUCGCCGAUGGAACUCGAUACUACUAUGCGUAUGAUUCUGCAGGUACCGAUUUGGGCUCAACGUGUAAUUUACGUUCAAGGCUCAUGCCUAAAAGAUACGGAUUUGAUUAGAGCUCGUAUGAACGAAGCUGAAGCCUGUUUCAUCUUGGCCGCCAGAAAUUAUGCCGACAAAACCGCUGCAGACGAACAUACAAUUUUACGAUCAUGGGCCGUUAAAGAUUUCGCACCAAAAGUUGCACAAUAUGUACAAAUAUUUAGACCAGAAAAUAAGCUACAUGUAAAAUUUGCUGAAUUCGUGGUAUGUGAAGAUGAAUUUAAAUAUGCUUUGUUGGCUAACAACUGUACCUGUCCAGGAGCGUCAACUUUAGUAACUCUCCUGCUUCACACAAGCAGAGGACAAGAAGGACAACAAUCGCCUGAAGAAUGGCACCGCCUUUAUGGAAAAUGUUCCGGAAAUGAAAUAUACCACAUCGUUCUGGGAGACAGCAGAUUUUUCGGAGAAUAUGAAGGAAAAAGUUUUACUUACGCUAGUUUUCACUCACACCGAAAGUAUGGAGUCGCUUUAGUUGGUGUUCGGCCCGCUGAAUUACCUGAAUUUUAUGAAGAUACAAUAUUGCUUAAUCCGGGACCUCGGCAUAUAAUGAAAAGCACCGAUACGUGUUAUUAUAUGAGUAUAACAAAAGAAGAGAAUUCCGCUUUUGUUGUUUCUGAUAAACAGGCUGUACCAAACCCUACGAUACCAAAAGACCAAACAGCAUGCAGCUUCCUUUCAAACGAGAGGAAUCCAGACGAAGGCAGUACAAGCCAGCAGAAGAAACCAGACGGUAGUAGCGUCGUUCAGUGCGAAGUACCACAAGUGGUUCUUGAAGCUCCCUCGAGUUCCACACCCAACGCAUCGCCAUCACGCAUCAAAAAUCUUAAAACCUUAUCAUGCGCUAACUUUAACUUUGCUAGCUCUAAAUUAGCCGAUCGCUCUACCUCCGAAUCAAGGACCUGCUUAAAAGAAUCACCAGGAAUCGAAAGUGUUGUUGACAGUCAUUUACUUUUACCGAAACCUGAAACCAGCAAUUUCUUAAGUCCGGACACACUGAGUCAUCGUGGAGGAAAUAGCAGGAGGCCAUCGAUACUUCCUGUUCCAGAUAUGGUCACCAGUAGUUUAACUUUAACAAAUGACAAUCAAGAUGAAGAAGCUGAAAUUGAUGAGAGCGAAGAUGAGCUAGAUGACGAUGUUCCUUGGCGAUCCCCAUCAGAAAAAAUUGCAGAUGACUUCACUACAAGCAGUUUCUCCUCGCUGGCUGCCAGUGAUAACGCACACAGCGCUUGGCGCAACGAUUUUGCAAGAAUCGUCAAAGGAUUCCCGCCUGUGUCACCUUUUAUUGGAGUCAGCCCAACUCUCUGUUUUCUGCUAAAGGAAAAGAAACCUCUUUGCUGCUUACAACUGGCCCAAGUCUGUGAACACUGCGCCUAUAGAAAUGCCAAGGAAUAUCAAUGGCAAAAUAAAACGAUUAUUCUUGCUGCCGACUAUGCUUCUAAUGGAAUUUACAAUUUUAUUAUUCCGCUAAGAGCUCAUUUUCGGUCUAAAACAACUUUAAACCCUAUUAUUUUGCUUCUCGAGCGACGGCCAGAUGUUGCAUUUCUAGAUGCCAUAUCUUAUUUCCCUCUGGUUUAUUGGAUGUUGGGCACUAUUGAUUGCUUGGAUGAUCUGCUUCGAGCUGGAAUAACAUUAGCUGAAAACGUUGUAGUUGUGAACAAAGAGCUAUCAAAUUCUGCUGAGGAAGAUAGCCUUGCUGAUUGCAAUACAAUUGUAGCAGUACAGACAAUGUUCAAGUUCUUCCCUUCAAUAAGGUCCAUAACAGAACUAUCUCAAUCAUCAAAUAUGAGAUUUAUGCAAUUCCGUGCUCACGAUAAAUAUGCUUUACAUCUUUCUAAGAUGGAAAAGCGAGAAAAAGAAAGGGGCUCACACAUUUCCUAUAUGUUUCGAUUGCCUUUCGCGGCCGGAUCAGUUUUCUCUGCCUCAAUGUUGGACACGUUACUUUAUCAAGCCUUUGUUAAAGAUUACAUGAUUACUUUUGUGCGACUAUUAUUGGGAAUAGAUCAGGCGCCCGGAUCUGGAUUUUUAGCGUCGAUAAAAAUUACCAAAGAAGAUAUGUGGAUUCGUACCUAUGGUCGUUUAUACCAAAAACUAUGUUCGACCUCAUGUGAAAUCCCAAUUGGGAUAUAUCGCACACAAGAUACAAGCAUGGCCGAUGCAUCUCACCACGUGAGUAUGUCGCAAAGGACUUCGUCAAACUGGUUUUGGUCACGCCUUGCGAGAAUGCGACCAUCCCGUGCUUCGCAGGAGGAGCUUGAUGGAGGAGAUUUCCCGGCGUGCGGGCGUCAAGAGGCAACUAGCUGCCUUGGUGGUUGCUACGGAGAACGCACGCCGGUGUACUCUACAAGUCUGGCAGAUGAAGCUCGCGACAAUCACAUUCAGCAAAUUGAAAGAGCUGAAAUAGCCAACUUGGUUCGUUCCAGGAUGGAAUCUCUAAAUCUAACUGGGGUAGAUUACGAUGAUGUAAGCGAAAAACGAAAUAGUUUAUCUUAUGUCAUAAUCAAUCCAAGCUGCGACUUAAAUUUGCAAGAAGGAGACAUCAUUUAUCUUGUGCGCCCUUCUCCAUUUUCUGCACAAAAAACAUUUGAAAGGCAUAACAGUCGUCGAAAAUCAAAUAUAAGCUUCUGUUCUCAAGCCUUAAUCCAAGCGCAGGGAGGGAGCAGACGAGGUUCAGGAAUGGCAGCAACUUUUGCUCAAUCACGGGCUCCACCUCUUUCCACUACCAAGGCUAAUUCGUUGUCUUUACCCGAUAGCCCAACAAUCAUUACAGAUUUCAGAGGUCGCUCUAAUUCACUGCGUGUAGUGGAUGAUAUUUUACUACGACGAUCAAAUUCUUUACGUCAGGGCAUAAGCGGAACAGGAUCCCGACGUCGCAAAAGCAGUUUAGAAGAAAUAGGCAUAUCGCACUUCAAUUCCUUGCUUCAACAUCAGCAGCAACAGCAGGAGCAAGAUGCUAUAAAAUUAGGACUAAGCAGCAUUGGCCUAAGAAUUACACCACCGGAAGAAACUCCUCGAAUGGCUUUAGAGCCAUUCCAGGACAUAGCAGCAGCACUACCAUCUACAUCAGGUGGAUCCACCAUGCCAGUCAAUGUAACUCCUGACCCACAACAUCUUCAGGGUACAAUCGUGUGAUACAACCUUAUGUGGGGACGACGACUCAAUUCCGUUAUUAGAAACAAGUGGACUUAAAUUUAAGUUAAGAGUUAACAAUCCGCAGUCUUACUCAACUAGGUCGUUACCUAUAAAUUGCUUCUUUAAACAGGAGACUUUCUAUUGGGCACACGUUUAAACGUAAUAGAGUCUGUUCGAAUCAACUUUAUUUCCGAUCAUUUCUAACGAUUUUCAUAUGCACACGAAAGGUUUAUUCAACGUGACUUUUAUUAAUCAAGUAGCCUCUCUUAAUUACUUACCCAAAUCCUAGGGAACAACACUUGAAAAUUAUUAGAACAACACUGAUAUUAGAGCAGAGACUAACAAAAUAUCCAAUCCUUUAUAACUUAACAAACUUCGUGUGUAAUAAAAUUAGCUUAGGCUGACUAGUUGUGAAAUCACUCAUUGAUUAAUAACUAUACAAUGCACAAUUGUAGGUUUCAUUAUCAUUUCCAAUGUUAAUCGCCUGGUUUGUUUACCAGUACAAGUUUUAACCGUACCAAAUCACUGCCCAACAAUAAUAGUUUUUUUAUGGACGCAAUUUAUGUCAGUAUUCACAUAAAUUUACAGGAGGUAUCGGAAACGUUUUCGAAAAUUAAGACAGGAAGCAUAGCUGGUGGUUCUUAAUACGGAAAAAAGGGAAAAAAAUCGCUCUACAUUACAUAAUGUAUUUAUUUUUAUAUUGCACGCUAUGUAACUCAAUUAAAACGAACCUACGAACAGAACCUAUAGAACGCUUUCUGGGGCGUUUGUAAAUUUUUUUGCCAUUUAUUUGCAAGUUUCCAAAAUAUGUAUAAAUUACUAAAAAUUUAAGUAAUGAUACUCGGAAUGUAAAGUGAAUAAACUAAAGCGAAUGGUAUUUAUGAUUCCAUUAUAUUCCUAUUUCAAUUUAGUUCAUUCUCGUUUCGGCUCGUUUUUUUCUAAUAAUAGUUAACAUGAAUAACGAUCCUAAUGUCUAAUCAGUUUCGAUAUUUGUAGUCCAGGUAAUAAAUACAGAUAUAGAUUGAAAUUUUCAUAAUAAUUUACUUUAUUCGACAUAUUAAAACGGGGUUACUAAUAGUAUUAUCGUUAAACAUCAAAACAAUCAUAUUUAUUAAUUUAAAAACCUCAAAUUAACAGCAUCUUUUCAGAAAAUAGAAAUUAUUAUUGCUUUUGGACAAAAAUUGUCGUAUGGUAAUUUCAUAGGUAUGCGCCUAAUAUUAAUCGUCCACUCUUUAACGGAAUUGAUUUCCGUUUCCACUUCGUGAUAUGUUCACGUAAAAUUUUUCAAAAUGAGCUUGUACGUACUUUGUGAAAUAGGCCACGCCCGAAAUGCGAAAAAAGAGCUGCUUGUCUCAAGUGGGAUCAAUUAAUUGAUAAGGGAGCCAUCUACACAGCGAUAUUUAUACAUUCAUUAAUACCAUAUAAUCUCACCAAAAUGUUAUUUUAUUGACAGUAUUCAGUGUCAUGCGUACGUAAAGUUUGGAUUGUAGAACAGUAUUUACUUCCAAUUACGACUUUGAUCGUUAUUAUAUCCUGUUUAUUGAACUAUUAAGUAGAUAUCAAAUUGGAAAAAUCAUUACUAGAAAUAUAAAAUUAGAAUUAGAAUGGGAAUACUACUUAGAAAUUUAAAAUAAUAAGUACCGAUUACACUUAAAUAUUACUUUUCUCUAGGUAUAAUUGACCAAAUAAAAAAAUAAAAGUAUAAAAUGCAUUUCAUGAUACAGUACUAUCAAAACUAUGUAUUUAGAUGUUUGAUCAUAUUUAUAAUCAGCCCUUACUUUAGAUUGUAUGAAUUUUUAUUGGUAAUAAAUAAUAUGAGAAUUACAA